AUGAAACGGUCUCGUAGUAAACAAGAAGAAGAAGGAGAAGGAGAAGGAGAAGGAAUAGGAAAAGGUGAAAGUGAAAGUGCAGUUAUUGUCGGGCAUGAUAAUACUAAGAAUUCCUCUUUAACAACUAAUACGAAUACAAAUGGUAUACUAUGUAAUGAAUCAUCUUGUUGUAAUAAUUUCAUCCCCAUAGAAUUAUAUGAUUUUCACGUCAGUCAAUGUCAUGAUCAUCAAUGUUCACAGUGUUUGAAAAGUUUACCAAACCAAUAUAGAUUACAGUUACAUAUUGAUGAAUUACAUAAUCCAUUUAAAAAUAAUCAACAAAAACAAUCAUUGCGUUGUUUUAAAGAAGAGUGUUCAGUACGGUUUGAAACCCAUCAAGAUCGAAUAUCACAUUUAUGCAAGAUUCAUGAUGAACCUGGAUUUCUUGACUUCGAUGUAUAA